AUGGCUGUUACUGCUGAGCACAUCGCUAUUGCGGAGCUGGUAAUAUACAUACCCGUCACUCUACUUGCAAUUUUCGUCGUCUUUCGUCACGGAUUUCACAAGCAGCUGGGAUGGAUCUAUCUUUGCAUCUUCGGUGUGAUCCGCAUUGCGGGUGCUAUUAUGGAAGUCCUUAGCAGCAAGCACCCCGACAAUGCGAACGACAAAGAGUGGGCAGUCAUUCUUCAAUCGGUUGGCCUUUCGCCUCUACUUCUGUCGACAUUGGGGCUUUUGAAAAGAAUCUUCGAUGAGACAACUCACCAUAUCCCAUCAGACCCUAACUCCAAAAGGAACGUCGUGGUUCAGGGGCUGAGUGCCUUCCCUGGAAUAAUUGGUAGACUUGUGUCUAUCUUCUCUAGCAGAGCAACUGCAACAUCUCGCCGCAGCAAAAUCGUCCAACUCCUCCACCUUCCUGCCUUAAUAGCCCUGAUCUUGGCCAUCAGCGGCGGAACCGACCAAGCCUCUUCCAACGUCUCCGAUCACGCAUCAGGAAAAUCGGAAACACGUGCUGCGAUCAUUCUCUUUCUCCUUAUUUACAUCGCCGCCUGCAUCCUCUUCCUCAUUACUAUGCGCGAUCUGCGGACGAUGGAACCAAGUCAACAACGAAUCUACAUCUGCAUCUUCUUUGCCUUGCCGUUGAUUGCAGUCCGUUUGCUCUACAGCUUAAUCAGUGACUUCGGAAGCGAUCCUAAGUUUUCAUUGAUUGAUGGGGACACGAGUGUUCAGCUGGGUAUGGCGACUAUCGAGGAAUUUCUUGUUGUACUGAUGUAUACCAUUCUGGGCCUGGUUACUCCUCGAUCUAGCAUUCAUCCUGCUGUUGGAGGUGGCAUUGUUCCACCACAGAGCUAUUCAUUGGAGGAGCCAGAGCCUUCUAACUCUGGUAUGACCUAUCAUAAUGCCGCUUAUGCUGAGGCUGGAGCUCAGAGGGCGUACUCUCAGGGUCAAGUACGACAGAAUUAG